AUGAGUAAUAGAGAUAUGUGCCUUUUGGAUAGUGCUACAACUCACACUAUAUUAAGAGAAAAGAAAUAUUUCUCUCAUUUGGUUAUGAAAAGGGCUUGUGUUAAUACAAUAUCUGGUAGUACAAAAUUAAUUGAGGGCUCUGGAAAAGCGACCUUAUUACUACCUGGAGGAACAAUAUUGGCCAUUAGUGAUGCACUAUAUUGCAGCAAGUCUCGAAGAAACUUAUUAAGUUUCAAGGUUAUUCGCCAAAAUGGUUAUCACAUUGAGACUGCCAAUGAAGGAAAAGUUGAGUGCCUUUAUAUUAUUACAAUGAAAGCUGGGGAAAAGUUUGUGCAUGAAAAAUUACCCGCACUUUCUUCCGGGUUGUACCAUACAAGUAUUGGUGCGGUUGAAACACAUGUUGUAGUAAAUAAAAGGUUUAAUGAUUCUAAUGAUUUUAUCAUUUGGCAUGACCGGUUGGGCCAUCCCGGUUCUAGUAUGAUGCGCAAAAUAAUUAAGAAUUCACAUGGGCAUACUUUGAAGAACCAAAAGAUUCUUCAAUUUAAGGAAUUCUCUUGUGCUGCUUGUUCUCAAGGAAAAUUGAUUAUUAAACCAUCAGCAACUAAGGUUGGGAUUGAAUCCCCCGCAUUUCUGGAACGUAUACAAGGUGAUAUAUGUGGGCCAAUUCACCCUUCAUGUGGACCAUUUAAAUAUUAUAUGAUCUUGAUUGAUGCAUCUACAAGAUAG